AUGGAGCAGCGAGCUCUUCCGGUGGAACUUUAUGGUGAACGCACCUGUCUACAACAGCAAACCCGUACCAAGGGUAAGCUCCAGCCGGACGGGACGGCCUUAUGCGACUUGAUGGCCUGCGCAUAUCCAGAGUUGAAAGUCAAGAGUAAAGAAUACGCCAACAAGAAAGAGCGAUUACAAAGAACAUUGGACGAAGGUCGCAAUUGGUCUACAGCGCAGGGACGCUACCCGAGCGGUCUGUGGAUGUUUCCUCCAAAUAUGCUCGAGAGAGACAAUCUACUUGAGCGGCUCCGUGAUGUCAAUGCCGUGGCCCGCGGGAACAAGCAACUGUAUUGGCACCUCAAUGAUUAUCUGUACCGCCUCGAAGUGCGGGCAACAGGAGGCUCAAGUGGCCAAUGCCCCGAACCGUUGUCAUAA